AUGGAACUAAAGAGAGAAGGAUAUCUAAAAGGUAUUAAAUUAAUCAUUAAUUUUUACAUAAAUAUAGACCAAAUUACUAAAUUAUUUGAUUUAAAAUGGUGAGCCUUUGUUGUCCUAUCAACAGAAUAAGCUAUUUCUAAAUUUUUUGAAAUAUACUUUAACUUAAUAGUCUAUAUAUAGGAUAUAUUAAGGAGUAGUCUACAAAUUUUAAUAUCUUUGUGA